AUGGCCAACCAUUCUUCUUCGCCCUCUAUCCUCUGCGCUUCUUUUAAUCAGGACCUUAGUUACUUUGCCGUUGGCACCAGAGAUGGUUUUAGAAUAUUUGAUACCAAUACAGGAAAACUCUGCUAUGAAAGAGCUGUUGGAGCUUUUGUUAUUGUUGAGAUGAUGUUUAGCUCUAGUCUUCUGGCUAUCGUUGGUGCUGGUGAUCAGCCAUCCUUGUCCCCUCGCCGCCUCUGUUUGUUCAAUAAAACCACGGGAGCUGCUCUUAAAGAAUUGAACUUUCUCACUUCCAUACUUGCUGUUCGCAUGAAUAGACAACGACUUGUUGUCAUUUUACAAGACAAAGCCUAUAUAUAUGAAAUAAAUAGUCUCACAAUCUUGGACAUUAUUGACACAGUGCCAAAUAGUAAAGGGCUUUGCGCAUUUUCCCCUUCUUUGGAUGCUUGCUACUUGGCCCUUCCUGCUAGUACUACCAAAGGAUCUGCAUUGUUGUAUAAUCUCAUGAAUCGUCAUUUACACUGUGAGAUUGAAGCUCAUCGUUCACCAUUGGCUGCAAUGGUUCUUUCUUCCAAUGGAAUGUACAUAGCUACAGCAUCUGAGCAAGGGACCAUAAUCAGAGUCCAUUUGGUGUCAGAUGCAACAAAGUCAUAUAGCUUUAGAAGGGGGACAUACCCGUCUGGUAUAUUUUCUCUGUCAUUUGGACCAUCAAAGCAGCUUCCAGAUAUUCUUGCAGCCUCAAGUUCUUCUGGUUCUAUUCAUAUUUUCACCCUUGGAUUUGCUUCACUUCCAAGGAGCAAGAGUUCAAGUGGCUUUAUAGGAUCAAUAAUUUCUGGUGCUAUGACUGAUGUCCUGGAUCCUGCUUAUCAUCACGUACUUCAUAAUACUGUUCCUGCAGGGGUGAAAAGCUAUGUAGUAAUUCGCAAAGUUGAAAAUAUCACCAACACCUCAUCAUCUGAACUCCUAGCUUGUAGGACAAGCCACCACGAGUGGCAAAAUACUGUUUUUAGUGCACCAUCUACAACUGGAAAGCUUGAGGAAUUGCAUUCUACACUUAAACUUCCAGAGCCACCACUGCUACCGACAUUGAAGUGUUACUCAAAGAAACUUUCAGAGCUGUCAUGGCUGCUAUCGUGA